GGGCUUGUAAAGCCGAAGAAAGAAGAAAGAAAAAAAGUUCAUGGUUGUUAAUAAGGAUUAAUCCGGAAAUCUAACCGUACUGUGCAAAUUGGCUUCGACAAUAAUUUUUAAAUUAAAUGAUUGGCAAAAUAAAUUAAAAACUUUCUUCCUUCAUCAAAAAUUGAUCCUUGAAAUAAUUAAAUAUGUUGUCAAAAAUCAAAAUCCAAUCUCAAUUGAAAACGAUGGGAAUGUGCCUGCGCUAUUGCAGCAACCUUAACAUGAAUAACAAUUUCAGAGUUGUGGAAAAUGAAAAUCACGACGCAACGAGCAAUGAGAGGUUCAAAUAUAAAACGACGACCAAUGAAAAUCAACUCAGUCGCAGCAACAACGUUGAACGAUCAACAUCGUUUGUCGAAAGUAUUCAAGUGAUAUCGCCGAAAGAGUUAGUGAAAAAUUCAUCAGGUAAAAUGAGUGAAUUAGAAAGGGAUCGUCUAGGACAAUGGCCAUUGGAGUCAGAAUCUGAAUUACCUGGACAAGGUUUACAACGCUUGAAAAACGGAAGAUACAAUAAGGGCUUGGCUUUCACUCAUGAAGAACGUCAAACUUUGGGUAUUCACGGUUUGUUACCUUAUGCUGUGAAGAGCGAAGAAGAACAAGUGAAGCAUGCACAUCUUUUAUUGGAAAGAUGCGCUACUGAUUUGGAUCGUUACAUUUAUUUAAUGGGACUUCAAGAUCGAAAUGAACGUCUUUUCUACCGUGUACUUGCAUCAGAUAUCAGCAACAUGAUGCCAUUGGUGUACACUCCAACAGUCGGUCUUGCAUGUCAGAAGUUUUCUUUGAUUUACACCAAUCCAAAGGGACUUUACAUCUCCAUCUACGACAAAGGUCAUGUAUACGAUGUGAUAAAGAACUGGCCUGAACGUGACAAACGUGUUACUGGAGCAGAAUAUGAUGAAUUCGUUGAAGAGUUCAUGCAAGCAGCAGUUCGUCGAUUUGGACAAAAUUGUUUGAUACAAUUUGAAGAUUUUGGAAACUCAAACGCUUUCCGUUUGAUUGAAAAAUAUCGUGAUAAUUAUUGUACCUUCAACGAUGACAUUCAAGGUACAGCAUCUGUUGCUGUUGCAGGUUUAUUUGCAUCACUCCGUGUUACUAAAACACGUUUAUCAGACAAUAAAAUUUUGUUCCAAGGCAGUGGUGAAGCUGCACUUGGAAUUGCUGAAUUAUGUGUAAUGGCAAUGGUCAAAGAAGGUGUUCCUGAAAAAGAUGCACGUGAACGUGUUUGGCUUGUUGAUAGCAAAGGCUUGAUUGUUAAGAACCGACCAAAAGGUGGCAUGAACCACCAUAAAGAGAAGUUUGCACAUGAGCAUCCACCAGUUGACACACUCACUGAAGCUGUUAAGUUAAUUAAGCCAACUGUUCUCAUUGGAGCUCCUGCCAUUGGCGGGGCAUUUACACCUGAAAUUAUUAAAGCAAUGGCAUCAUUUAACGAACGUCCAAUCAUUUUUGCAUUGUCAAAUCCAACAUCCAAAGCUGAAUGUACCGCUGAAGAUGCUUAUAAAUAUAGCGAUGGAAAAGCUGUAUUUGCAUCUGGCUCACCGUUUCCACCUGUCACUUAUAACAACACAACUUUCUAUCCUGGACAGGGUAACAACAGUUACAUCUUCCCUGGUGUUGCACUUGGAGUCAUUGCGGCUGGAGUUAGCACAAUUCCUGAAGACAUUUUCUUAAUCUCUGCCAAAGCUCUCGCAGAACUUGUUACUGACAAUGAUUUGAAGCAAGGAUCACUUUAUCCACCACUCGAGACAAUUCAAAAUUGUUCAGUUGAAAUUGCUGAGAAAGUUGUCGAGUAUGCAUAUGAAAAUGGAUUGGCAACCGUUCGUCCUAAACCCAAGAAGAUUCGUGACUUUAUUAAAGCUCAAAUGUAUGAUGCUAAUUAUAAGUCUGCCAUUCCAGCGGUUUAUCCGCUCAGCAGUAAAAUUCAAAAUGUUUUUUAA